GAGCGGGCUGGGGGGAGAGAGCCCGAGAGCAGGGUUCGGUGCCUUUUCCUCUGUCCCCAGCCGGUGCCCGGAGCCCCCCUCCCCCUCCUCCCCGCCCCUUCCCCUCCCCAACCCUGCCUUCCCUCUUGUCCCGGGAUCGCUCCGUCGCACCCACCAUGAUGGAAGACGACGGGCAGCCCCGGACUCUACAAGGACUGCUACAUCUUCCUAGGUCUUACCCCUGCAGCACUUAGUUCACUGCCUGGAACAUAAGAGACACACACAAGCUAAGACAUAUGGUUCUAUCUUCAGAAAACAAUAUGGUGUUUAUAGCCUAGAUACGUAGGUAACCUUUCCAGAGAUGUGACAGAAGUCCUUAUACUUCAGUUAUUCAGUCAGAUUGGACCCUGUAAAAGCUGUAAAAUGAUAACAGAGCAACCCGAUAGCAGAAGGGUCAACUCUUCUGUUGGAUUUUCUGUUUUGCAGCAUACAAGCAAUGACCCAUAUUGCUUUGUGGAAUUUUAUGAACACAGAGAUGCAGCUGCUGCAUUAGCUGCUAUGAAUGGGAGAAAAAUUUUGGGAAAGGAGGUCAAAGUAAACUGGGCAACAACACCAAGUAGCCAGAAAAAAGAUACUUCCAAUCACUUCCAUGUGUUUGUUGGGGAUUUGAGUCCAGAAAUUACAACAGAAGAUAUCAAAUCAGCAUUUGCCCCCUUUGGUAAAAUAUCGGAUGCUCGGGUAGUUAAAGACAUGGCAACUGGAAAAUCCAAAGGCUAUGGUUUUGUAUCUUUUUAUAACAAACUGGAUGCAGAAAAUGCAAUUGUACAUAUGGGAGGUCAGUGGUUGGGUGGUCGUCAAAUCAGAACCAAUUGGGCCACGCGUAAACCACCUGCACCUAAAAGUACACAAGAAAAUAACACUAAGCAGUUGAGAUUUGAAGAUGUAGUAAACCAGUCAAGUCCGAAAAAUUGUACUGUGUACUGUGGAGGAAUUGCUUCUGGGUUAACAGAUCAGCUUAUGAGACAGACUUUCUCACCAUUUGGGCAAAUUAUGGAAAUAAGAGUUUUUCCAGAGAAGGGCUAUUCUUUUGUCAGAUUUUCAACCCACGAAAGUGCAGCCCAUGCCAUUGUCUCAGUGAAUGGUACUACAAUUGAAGGACAUGUGGUUAAAUGCUAUUGGGGUAAAGAAUCUCCUGAUAUGACUAAAAACUUUCAACAGGUUGACUAUAGUCAGUGGGGCCAGUGGAGCCAAGUGUACGGAAACCCACAACAGUAUGGACAGUAUAUGGCUAAUGGGUGGCAAGUACCACCUUACGGAGUAUACGGGCAGCCAUGGAAUCAACAAGGAUUUGGAGUAGAUCAAUCACCUUCUGCUGCUUGGAUGGGUGGAUUUGGUGCUCAACCUCCCCAGGGACAAGCUCCUCCCCCUGUAAUACCUCCUCCGAACCAAGCUGGAUAUGGUAUGGCAAGUUACCAGACACAGUGAGCCGGGACUCUUAAAAAUAUUGUAAUUCAUGAUAGGCUUCAGUUUCCUGUGACACUCUGAAGACACGAAAGUAGACGUCGGAAAAUGAAAAUAUUUAUUUUAAAAAUUGAAAUGUUUGGAACCUUUAGCACAGCUUUGCUUUGGUGAAGGACACAUGUCUUCUAGUUCUGCCUUUUUAAGUUUUUGUUCAUGAUGGAUAUGAACAUGAUUUUUCUUUGUGUACAAAAAACUAAAAUAAAGUCAAUAAAGACAA